AUGCUGCUCGUUCAUAUUUUUUAUCUUUUUCUUGUCAAAUCAAUACUUGUUCACAGUGAAUCGUUUACAUCAACAACACAUUUAACUAAUCUAUUCAACACUGAAGUUGAAUUGUUUAAUCAAUUAGACUCAUAUCUUAAAGACGAAUAUGAACGAUUAGAUCGUAUAGAAAAAUAUGUUAACGUUAUCAAAGAAGAAAUUCGUCAAGCACAAAACAAAGAAGAAAUUUAUUUUGGUAAUCCUGUUAAUGCAUAUUUAUUUAUCAAACAUUUAACAGUUGAUUGGUAUGGUAUCGAGGAAAUCGUAUACCAUGGUAUAUCGAAAACAAUGGGUGAUAAUUAUUUAUUUCCUUCAUAUGAAGAUUAUACAGGAUCAGCUGUUGCUUUAAUGCGUUUACAAGAUACUUAUAAAUUAAACACAAGUGAAGUAGCAAAUGGAGAAAUAAGUACAAAUUAUAAAUCACGAAAAUUAACUGCUUUGGAAUGUUAUGAUUUGGGACGUAUUGCAUAUACAAAUGGAGAUUAUUAUCAUACAUUAAUGUGGAUGCAAGAAGCUCUCGAUCAUUUAGAUAAAGAAACGAAUAACACAUCACUUAGUAAAGUUGACAUUCUUGAUCAUCUUGCUUUUGCAACAUCUAAACAAGGAAACCAUGAACACGCUUUGGCAGUGACAGAAGAAAUUCUUAGAAUUGCUCCUGAUCACAUUCGAGCAAGAAAUAAUAAAGCUUAUUAUGAAGAUCUUCUUCGAAAUAAAACAUUAAGUGGUGAUUUAGAUUCAUCAGAUCUUAAAUCAAUACUAACAGUUAAAAAGUUGGACAAUGUUCAAAUUAAGAAUCAACGACCAAGAGAUUAUUUAGAAGAACGUGAAAUUUAUGAACAACUUUGUCGACAAAAUGGAUCGAAAAUGAAUGCAAAACGUGAAGCAAAAUUAUUUUGUCGUUAUCGUCAUAAUAAUCAUCCAUAUCUUAUUUUACGACCUGCUAGAGAAGAGCAAUUAUUAGAUGAACCAGUUGUUUAUCUUUUUCAUAAUAUUAUUAGUGAUAAUGAUAUUCAAGUAAUUAAAGACCUUGCUCUACCACGUUUGCAACGUGCUGUCGUACGAAAUGCUGAGAGCCAUACUUUUACACCAGCUAAUUACAGAAUUAGUAAGAGUGCUUGGUUACGAAAUGACGAAUCACCGGUAAUAGCACGUUUAUCUCGAGUAAUUGAAGCUUUAACUAAUUUGAGUAUGGCAACUGCUGAAGACCUUCAAAUUGCAAACUAUGGUGUUGGUGGUCAUUAUGAACCACAUUUUGAUUUUGCACGUAAAACCGAAAAAGAUGCUUUUUCAAGUUUUGGAGCUGGUAAUCGAAUCGCUACAUGGUUGACAUAUUUAAGUGAUGUUGAAAAAGGUGGUGCAACUGUCUUUAUUCCUACUGGUGGUUAUGUCAAACCAGAAAAAGGCAGUGCUGUAUUUUGGUAUAAUUUGUUUGCAUCUGGCGAAGGUGAUUAUACAACAAGACAUGCUGCUUGUCCGGUAUUGAUUGGUAAUAAAUGGGUUGGUAAUAAAUGGAUACAUGAACGUGGUCAAGAAUUUCGUCGUCGAUGUUCACUUGAUCCAAUGGCUUAA